CCUGCCCAGAUGCUUACCAAGAUGGGGUUAAAUUGCUCCAGGCCACCCCCACCGGACGUCGUUUCCUUGACGAUCUCGCCGAUGACACCUACCGCAAAGGUAUGGUUGGGCUCGUAGCGGAGAAUCUCCCCACGUUCGAGCGUCAUUUCGGGGCUCCUUUCGAUCCGGAGGCGGCUGGCUUUGAUGUUCUGAUGGCGGACGCUCAUGCGGGGGCCCUCGAGCUGCUGAAGGAGCAGGCGGAAGCCAAAGCUAGUGAAGAAUGCAAGCAGGCUCUUUCCAAAGUUCCAGCUCCGGACGUCGAUCGAAAGUGAUUCUCUGUUCAUGACCUUGUACUUGUACAAUUUUUCCCAUUAUUUUCAUUGUCUUGUAAUUUUCCGGCCAAUAGCGCCGAAGAAUAAAAAAUCAUUCUUUGCUCCUUGCUCCUCUGGCAUUUCUUUUUUUUUUUUUUUUUUUUUUUUUUUUGGAGUCUUUUAGUCUUCGUUCGUCCUUGGUCCCUGGUCCCACCGGCGUCCCCACUUCGAGGAGACGUUCGGUGUCCGCCGACAUCGCAAGGAUGAACAGGUUUAUCUACAUCGAGAUUCCCCCCUUUUUUCGUUCGUCCGUGGUCCUUUUAGCCUUACCGACGUCUCUUGCUUCGAAGAGGACGUUCGGUACCCAAGGACUCGCAGGGACGAACAGGUCUACCCUCACGGGUCCCCGACUUUGUUACCCCACGUCCAUCGAUCCAUGGUCGUUUGUGGGAUAAACAGGUUUAUCUUGGCGGGCUCCCUUGGUUCGUCUAGCCCCCUCCGCGUCUCUACUAACCUCUACACCGAGAGGCGUUCGUCUUCGGCGGUUGGAGAAGAUCUGGCACACCCGGGCAAGAUUCCCUUCUACAUAGGAGCUCCUCUCCUCUUCUCCCCAAUUUUUCUUCUUUUUUUUUUUUUUUUUUUUUUUUUUUUUGGUGGAGGCAAUCCAUACUCUUCGUUCGUCAUUGGUCCCUGGUCCUACCGGCGUUCCUACUUCGAGGAGACGUCCGGUAUCCGCCGACAUCUCAAUGAGGAACAGGUUUAUCUGCAUCGAGAUUCCCUGGUGCUUCGUUCGUCCUUGGUCCCUGGUCCCACCGGCGUCCCUACUUCGAGGAGACGUUCGGUGUCCGUCGACAUCGCAAGGAGGAACAGGUUUAUCUACAUCGAGAUUCCCUUCUUUAACGGUCGUUGGCCAGAACAGAAUUUCAGAAAAAACAGGGGCCUUAUUAUU